AUGGCAGUAUUCCAGAAACUACUUCAAAAUCCAAGUAUCUUCACUGAUAGCCCGCUUCAAAUUAUUGCGGGCGAGAACAAGCGCAUCUACUAUGUUCAUCCCACGAUACUAGCAUGCAACUCAUCAGCGUUAAAUGCCCGAAUAAACGGGCCGUGGAGGGAACAUGGAAACAGCGAACCGAUCGACUGGUCGGAUUUUGAUGAGCCGACAGUAGAAUGCGUCUUGAGCUAUCUCUAUACUUCAGACUAUUAUGUUCCAGGUGCAGUUUACGAUGAACAGGAGAAGUACCGAGAGACGGGAAAUGGUAAUGUCUAUCAGAUACAACUGAAAACCGCGAACAUCAUUAGACCAGAUCCUGAUCUCAUCGCAGAUAUCGAUUUGGAUGGAAACUUCGACGUUUCUGACGUUGAAGCACCAGUUCCAGACACCGAACUUCACAAUGAAUGGGAACCUGACCGACCUCUACCACCUUUGAGUCGAUACAGCAGAUUUGGUUUACCAGCCUUGACCUUUCAAACUGCUGCAGGUGGCUUCAGCAAAACAACAGAGAAUCGUCCCGAAGCUCUCGGCCAUGCGAUCCUGAUCCACUCCAAGGUUUAUUGUUUUGCUCACCGAUUUUGCUUUACCGCACUCGAGGGAUUUGCAAUACAACGCCUUACACAAGUUUUACUGGCAUGCAAUGAUCUUCUCAGCGAACUAUUUCCACAUCUUGCAGAUUCGAUUCGGUUGAUAUACGGCUCGACACCGACUGCCGUACCUCCAGAGAAUCCAGCUCGAAGACUAUUAUCCCGCUUUGUCGCAUUGAGAUAUAGCGCGCUCUCAGUCGAAAACUUGGAGACAGUUAUAGCAGAAGGAGGUGACUUCAUGAUUGAUUUGUCACAUCAAUUGUGUAGACGACUUGCAUCAAGUGGUACAGACACUCAAAUAAUGGAGGAACAGAUUGACGAGCUUCAAGCGAGGUUGGAAGUCCUAGAGUCUGAAGCUCAAAGGAAAGAAAUCCAGCUCGAGCGUUAUAAGGAAGAGAUAGAGCAAUGGGAGAGCUGGAACCGAGGACUUUCUGGGAAAUACAGCAAAGCGAAAAGGAAAGUCAAACAGGCCGUCAUUGAUCCUAACGAGACUAGUCUCUGA